AUGGCAACAUUCAAGAAACUAAAAGAAAGCAAAAUAACAACAAUGCUAUCCUUAUUAAUGAACUUUGUAUUAUUAGCCUAUAUUGGCACCAAAUAUUCAAAGCCUUGUAACGAAUUUUCAGCCAGAGGCACGCAUACACCAAAUGUUGUACCUUUUCUUGAAAAUUUUGAUCAGUUCGAAAGAUUACAAGCAGAUGACUUAUCUGGAAACUUGUUAUCGAUAAAAGAUUUCAAAGAUGAAAUUUAUGAAUGGGAUGUUUGUAAGUCUAUCAAAAACAAAAUUCCUAUAAAUUUAAGUUCAACAUCUGCAAACAGUACACCAAUAUAUAAGGCGGUGAAGUACUGUGAAUUUAGACCGGUGUUCGAGCAACAUUUUCAAUUUCAAUUUUUCAAGCAAUUUUCUCCAUUAUGUACGCUUAGACAUUUCGCUUGCGUCUUAUUGCCACCAAAAAAUUAUCAAUGGCUUAGUAAAUUUGUAAACUUUCCUGUGCUUCCGAACCAACUGGCUGUACCAUGGUCGAAUUUAGGACUGGAUUCAUGGAAAGAUUUGAUACAGUUUAAUCCCAGAUAUCCAAAAAAUAUGAUUCAUUUCAAUGCUUCUUACUAUGAUAUUUUCCAUGAGGGAAAGAUAAACGUAGCGGCUAAAUAUAUCCCAUUUGGUAAAAAAAUACGUUCAAUGUUGGAAAUUGGUGCCGGGGGUGGUUCAGUCUCUUUUAUAUUAAAAAAACGUUAUGAUGUAACUGUUUUGAAUACCGCUCUUCCGGAUUUUCCUUAUUGUGAAUAUAUAACUGAAAGAGGCGGCUUGUGUGCUUUUUUGGACGGUGAAACAGUGCUGCCUUUCGCUAAAUUUAGUUUUGAUGCGAUUCAUCAUUCUUGGGUAUAUCAUUCAUUGACACCUGCUCGGUGGAGAGAGGUUUUAUUAGAGCAAAAUAGAAUUUUGAGACCUGGAGGAUAUCUAUGGAUAUCAGAUGGUUUAUCAUAUGCUCAAUUAAAGACAAUCAAGUACUUACUUUUACACCAACUAGGUUACAAAGUUUUAUAUGAAGAUGAAAUCAAACAAAAAUCCAUAAUAGUAACCUUUGCAUCGAACCCUUACGAAGUGACUUGGGAGUCGAUUCUGGUCAAACCUAAUACUUUGAAAAAUGAUCUAUCUCAGUGCAAGUGA